AUGACGUGUAAUAAUCCAGAGCAUGACGUCUACCCUUUGCACGCGCUAGACGAUAUCCAAAUGAAUCACAUCUUCCUGUCUUGGAUAAUGUGCUUCAACGAUGUCCUCGACGCGCAAAAACUAAAGGGGGCUCUAUCGAGACUACUAGAGAUUGGGGACUGGAGGAAGCUAGGUGGUAGGCUAAAGUUCAAGGAAAACGGGAAGCUUGAGAUUCAUGUCCCGAGACAUUUCACAGCUGAGCGACCGGCAGUGGCCUUUUCUCACGACCAUCUGUUUGAGAUGAGCAUCGAGGAUCACCCGGUUGCCCAACGUUUCCCCAAACCAACUGGGAGUCCGUCCAUUCAGCCCGUUGAUGCCGAGUUCCGGCAAUUCGCAGCGCGACCAGACUUUCCCAAGACAAUUAAGGACAGUAUCCGUCAGGAUGCGCCUCAGCUAUCGCUACACAUUACUUCAUUUCAUAACGCGACGCUCGUCGCACUAGCAUGGCCUCACACUUUGAUGGACGCCAUGGGCCAGCAAGCCCUACUGCGCGCGUGGUCGCUCGUGCUGGCCGGGCGUGAAGACCAAGUUCCGCCGAUGCUCGGCGCCCGAGAGGAUGCCUUGAUGGAGGCGACAGAAAAGCAAAGUGCCACACGUGCUGCUGUCCAGGAAGAGCUCAUACUCGAGUCAAAGCGUCUCGGGUAUCUAGGCGUGAUGAAGCUCAUAUCUCGAUUUAUAUGGGACAAAGUCCGAAACCCUGCCCCAGAACUACGCAUGAUUUACGUCCCCAAAAAUGCCUUUGCCCGGUUGCAAAACCAGUCUCUCAAUGAAGCUGCUGCUGAAAGCAUCACACGAGGAGCCUUUGAAGAGAAAGUUUUCGUCAGCGAGGGUGAUAUACUAACAGCGUGGGUUACUCGAGUGGUAUCAUUAUCGGAGCCGAAGCCCCGGCCAGUAACCGUCGGAAGUCUCCUCAACACUCGCUUUCGGAUUCCGCUGCUGAAGAAGACAGAAGGCGUAUACAUCCAGAAUAUGACACUAGUAGCGUACGCGUUCCUGUCAUCUCAACAAGCGAGGGCUUCUGUUGGAUCAAUCGCUCUGGCUCACCGACGCCAUCUCGCCGAGCAGGCUACCGAGCAGCAAACGCUUAGCUUCCUGCGGGCCCUGCGCCAGGAUAUCGACGCCGGUAAAAGCCCGAGGCUCUUCUUUGGGGAGUCGGACUCUCUGCCGGUGCUGUUCAAUAACUUGACCAAGGCCGAGCUCAUCAAGGCUGCCAACUUUGGCGCGGCGGUUUUGCGUCAGGGAGAAAAGACGGAGUCGAGGGCUAAUCCUCCGGGGACAAUGGUGUGUUACUACAACAGGGCAGUUAAUCAGCCUACGGGAGUGGCGAACGCUUUCUAUAUGUUGGGCAAGGACUACAGUGACAACUACUGGCUGAUGGGGAACCUGCUGCCACGGACAUGGACCAAGAUUGAGGAAGAGCUGACGAGUAUGUGA